GUUAAUAAUAAUGAAAUGGUUGCAUUACAACGAGACCCCAAUAACUCCUAUGAUAAGAAUGCAAUUAAAGUAAACAAUGUGAAUGGAAAUCAAGUUGGCCAUUUAAAGAAAGAUCUUGCAGCUGCUUUGGCCUAUAUUAUGGACAACAAAUUGGCACAAGUUGAAGGGGUAGUCCCUUUUGGUGCAAACAACGCUUUUACCAUGCCUCUGCAUAUGACUCUUUGGGGAAAAGAAGAAAAUAGAAAAGCGGUUUUAGAUCAGUUGAAAAAACAUGGAUUUAAAUUGGGUCCUGCACCAAAAACUUUUGGAUUCAGUUUGGAAAGUGGUUGGGGCUCUGGAAGAGCUGGGCCAAGCUAUAGUAUGCCAGUUCAUGCUGCAGUACAGCUGACAACUGAACAGCUUAAAACAGAAUUUGACAAAUUGUUUGAAGAUCUAAAAGAAGAUGAUAAAACUCAUGAAAUGGAACCAGCUAAGGCUAUUGAAACAUCAUUGCUCCCACAUCAAAAACAAGCUCUAGCUUGGAUGAUUUCCCGGGAAAACAGUAAAGAACUUCCACCAUUCUGGGAACAGCGAAGUGACUUAUACUAUAACACAAUAACAAAUUUUUCUGAGAAGAAUCGACCAGAAAAUGUCCAUGGAGGAAUUUUAGCUGAUGAUAUGGGUUUGGGCAAAACUCUUACAGCCAUUGCAGUAAUUCUUACCAACUUCCAUGAUGGUAAACCUCUUCCUGUUGAAAGAAUUAAAAAAAAUCAACUGAAGAAGGAAUGUAAUAUUAACAAUGGAUCUAUGAAAUUGGGAAGAAACAAUACCAGUGAAAAGACAGAUGAACUAACCAAAGGAUCUAGGUGCAGCGGAGAACCCAGUAUUUCAAAUGUCAAGGGAAAGCGUAAAUAUACCAAGUCAGAAUUGUCUAGUUCCUGCUCCAAAAGAAGAAAAACUGCUGUCCAGUAUACUGAAAGCAGCGAUUCAGAGGAAAUUGAAACUAGUGAAUUGCCACAGAAAGUGAAAGGCAAACUGAGAACUGCACAAUCAGAAAGUAAAAGCAGAGUUAAAGGAGCAUCUGCAUUGGAGGGUUCAAAGAAAACUGAUGUAGAGAGACCAAGAACAACACUGAUCAUCUGUCCACUUUCUGUGUUAAGCAACUGGAUUAUUGCUUUGCUGUUCUAAAACAUUGCAUUGGAAUGGAACCUUUUUAUGUGUUAUGUGUAAGGAGCA